AUGGCUAACUCACCGACUAGUCCUGGAAUACCACAGACUGACACACGGGAAAACAGCUCUGGGAACCAUGCUGAGUCACUACAACUUCAUGCCAAGAUUGACUUCUCUUUGCACCCAGAUGAUGACGUUAGCAAUAUAAGAGUCUGGUAUGAUCGUGAGAUCCAUAGCUCUCCUGGACCAUCCUUAGAUGUUACUGAGACGAAGUGUACCACACUGGACACCAUCUGCAUUGAAAUACCUCUCUUUAACCCAAAAGACAGAAUUAUUUGCUUAGAUGUGAAAUUAACAAAUGCUGCCCUUUAUGGAUUCAAGGAAAUUAUACUGAGACCUCUAGAAUGUUUCAACUAUGUUGUACAGUAUACUCCAGCAGCUACGGGCUGUAUAGAUGAAAGCCUUAUUUUUCAGCCUGAAAUGGCUCAAGAGUUCUGGUAUUUACUGAAAUUAACUACUGAAUUACCAAAACCAACUGUAAUGCCAAAAAUGAAACAUGACCUUGGAAAAUAUGCCACUCAGAUCAUUCCCUUAGUUAAUCCUAUACAUGAAACUUUAGAAUUGCAAGCAACAAACAGUAAUUCUGAAAAUUUUGCCCAGGAUGUUAACAGAGGAUCAUCACUGAUCAUACCUCCUCACAACACCAAAGAGAUAUCUGUUCACUUUUAUCCUUCUGCACUUCGAAGAGCUGGUCAUAAAGCUUCUAUCAACUUCCACUGUGCUAAGUUUAAAGAAUGGAAAUUCUACCUCUCUGGAGUAGGACUGUUUUCCCAGCCUAUAGACACAGAAAAAGUAACCAAAUACCUCGGUUAUCAGUCAUCUAUCACUAUACCUUUCAAAAAUCCCAACAAGGAAGAUGUUCUUAUUGAUGUCAUACUAACGAGUCAGGAAGAGCCCAGGGAUCUUGUCAUUGACCAUUCCUGGAAUAGCUUCAUCAGUGAGAAUUCUGCCUUUGGGUUUAGUCCUCUGAGUCACAUACAAGGAAUUGUACUGCCUCCUGAAGGAAUUAUAGAUAUCCCAGUAUUAUUUUUGCCCCAAAUUAUGAAGUUACACAAAACACUGGCCAUUGUUCAGAUGAUGAAAGUAAAUAGAGAAAAUUGGCCUAUUGACAAUUUUGAUGAAUUGGAUACAGAGACUAAAAGAACUAUGGGAGUAGACAGAGGAGAAAUUCAAACAAUACACUGGAUAUACCCUAUUCUUGGACUCCCUCAGGCGUCACAUCCUAAAUCUUCUGAGGUUGUCAUUACAUGUCAGUCUAGGAAAUGAGUAGAAGAGAAGGUGGAAGUCAUGCUGACUGGUGAUUUUUUAGGAGAAAAUCCAACCCCAAAAGAGACAGAUUUUUUAGUGAUUCCAAAAAGGAAGUUCAGAUAUUUCUUAUGA